AUGGAAGUGGCGUGGCGUUUCCGGGUCAUAUUCGUGAUGGCGUUCGUGGUGAUCAUUUUCGGCGAUCUGCUCGGCUACGGUGGUGCGCGCAAGGAACCGAAAGACAAAGCCCUGCUCUCCGGCAUCACCGAGGUCGAGGCGAACAGCGCCGAAAUGCUGCCGAGCGGGAAAGAUGCAGCGGGCACAAGGCCACGGACAACGGCACCCUCGAACGCGAUCGGCAGCAGCCUCGAGAGUGAGUUCGAGGAGGACACGGCGGGCCUGUCGACGGCGGAGCUGUUGGCGCGCCGGGAGAAGCUCAAACAUUCCCUCCGGGAAGCGUGCCUGCCGAAGCUGCUGUGUGAGAUGGCCGCCAAGCCCAACUACUCCUUGAACGUCCGGGAGCGCGAUCUACUCUCGCUGAUGAGGUCUACCACCUUAUCGCUGACGAUGGCUAUGAGUCCGACGAAAUGGCAUUUCGCCGCCCACAUGGGUCAACUGCUACGCGAUGCCGGAGACGCACUAGUGACGCCGAUCGGAUGCUCUCACCUGUGGCCGAGCUGUCCCUACAGCUCGAAGAAGCUGCUCAAACUGACCAACGUAGUGCAGCUGAAGUAGUGUCACUACGCCUUGAACGAAGUGAUGGUGAUCAAGUGUUGCAGCAACAGCGGCAAGGGAGCAGGAACGCAGGGAUGCUUAAACUAAGCUAAACCAUCCUGACACCGAAUGCCUCCCAUGUGAUGGUGCGAUAUGUCGCGAACGCGUUGUUGUGAAAGUGAGAAGUGAAUUUCGAUGCCACUAUAGGAAGCGACACUAUUUCGUAAGAACCCUA